AAACACACCUAAGAAGUGAACCCUUGGAAAUUAUACAGCACCUCUUUGCCUCCCAGUCUCCUCGUGUAUCUAUCCAUCCAUCUCCGAUUAACUUUAACCAAAGAGACUUGAAAUUCAAAUGGAGAUGAAACACUUGCUUUUCUCUUCUGUUCUCCUCCUCAACUUAAUUUCCCUCCUAAGCUUCUCUCAAGCGAGAUCUUCAAUUGUUCCUCUGCCUCAGCCUGCUCUCUCCUCCUUCAAAAUCAACACCACUUCCAAGAACGACAGAAGCUGCUCGUACACGGUGAGAAUAACAACCAGCUGCUCAUCUCCCGUAUACACUAGAGAUCAAAUCAGUCUAUCCUUUGGCGAUGCCUAUGGCAAUCAGGUUUAUGCACCGAGAUUAGAUGAUCCGUCAACCAGAACAUUCGAGAGAUGCUCAGCGGAUACGUUUACGGUGUACGGCCCCUGCACAUAUCCGAUAUGUUAUUUGUAUUUGUAUAGGAGAGGGUAUGAUGGAUGGAUGCCGGAGUAUGUUCGAGUGUACGGCUCCUCUACGGUGACCUUUUAUUACAAGACCUACAUUCCAUCUGAUCUCUGGUAUGGCUUUAAUUACUGUAAUGGUGUCACCUCCUCAGCAACCCCUGCUGUUUCUGUCCAGUGAGGAUGAUUUCAUCAUUCGAGUAACUUGUACUAUGUUUUCGGACACUUUUUUUACGUCGGGUUGGAGUUUUUUGAAUAAACUGGCCGGUUUGUGCUAAUAAAUUCAAAAGAUAUCGGUUUGAUUUUGA